CUGAUAAUGAUUAAAUUGUACACAUGCUGAUUACAAUGUAAGAAUCUUUAUCCUUGAGUUGACAGAUAGCUCAUCAAUGUAUUAUUUUUUUUUAUACGACGCAACAAAACGUUAUUACAAUUAUAGAAAAAUGUAAGUAGUAGAGGGGAACUUCAUGAGUCUUUAAAACAAUUACGCGAUAGAUAAGCAUUUUAAACGUAUUCUUACUUACAACAACACGAGCGAAUGUUAAACUUUUUAAAAACCCUAGUAUUGGAAAAUAAUAUCUACGAACGUGUCUAUACGUAGAUUAUAAUUUGAUUAAUUGCAUGUUUUUAUUAUAUACAUUUGUGUAAAUACCGCGUCUUCAAGAGCAGACCGCCGAAAAAUUAUUAGGUUUUUUUAGUUGCAUGUGAAGGAUGUUGUUCAAUGAAUUGUAUAAAGCUCUGACGAGAAAAAGAGUCGACGAAAUCAGUGAAGAGAAAGGUCAGCUGGCAAGAGUCCUGGGUUUGUUUAACUUAGUUACUCUAGGAGUCGGUUCGACUUUGGGUGUUGGUGUUUACGUUCUUACAGGAUAUCUAGCAAAAGAAGUUGCCGGUCCCGCUGUCUGCUUAUCGUUUUUGAUUGCAGCAUCAGCAUCAUCUUUAGCAGGAUUAUGUUAUGCUGAGUUUGCUGCCCGGGUUCCCAAAGCUGGAUCUGCAUACGUCUACAGCUAUGUUACUAUCGGAGAAUUAGUUGCGUUUGUUACAGGCUGGACACUUGUUCUUGAAUAUCUUAUUAUUACAGCAAGUGUUUCUCGAGGCCUUAGUAUUUAUAUUGACUCAUUCAUUGACGACAGGAUGAAAAAUUACUUUGAGUCGACCAUGCCGAUGAAACUGUCUUUCCUGUCAAGUUAUCCUGAUUUUUUUUCCUUCGGCUUUAUUAUAAUCAUUGCAAUCCUGCAAUGCAUGGGUGUCAAGAAAUCAUCAUAUUUCAAUUCAGUUGCUACGGUAGUUAAUUUAUUGACUAUUUGCAUUGUAGUAAUCGCAGGAUGUUUGAAAGGUAAAGCCAAAAAUUGGAAUAUUGGGAUUGAGGAGAUUCCUUCUGAUGUCAAAAACCCAGGAGUUGGUGGAUUUAUGCCCUUUGGGGUAAGUGGAGUAAUGGCAGCGACGGCAAAAUGUUUCUUUGCAUUUGUGGGGUUUGAUGCGAUUGCUACUACGGGCGAAGAAGCCAAAAAUCCACAGAAAAAUAUUCCACUUGCGAUUAUUACAUCUCUUGCUAUAUGCUGCAUUGCUUAUUUUUCCGUAUCGACGGCUCUGACAAUGAUGUGGCCAUAUUACGAUCAAAAUCCUGAAGCGCCAUUUCCACACGUGUUCAAACAAUUUGAGUGGCCAAUUGUCAUGUGGAUCGUUAAUAUUGGCGCAAUAUUUGCUUGCUGUACUUGUUUAUUUGGCGCAAUGUUUUCUCUGCCGAGAAUUUUGUAUGCCAUGGGGAGAGACGGCAUUAUUUUCAAAUUUUUCAGCAAAGUUAAUCGGAGAACCAAAACUCCUAUUGUUAGCACUUUGUCCGCUGGAUUUCUCGCAGGUUUGCUGUCGCUUAUCUUGAAUUUAAGUCAACUAAUGGACAUGUUGUCCGUUGGCACACUAGUAGCUUAUACGAUGGUUUCAAUGUGUGUGAUUAUUUUACGGUACGAAAAAGUACACGAUAGCACACUUCCAGAGGCUGAAAUAAAUCAAGACAUUUAUUAUUAUUGCAAGCAGAUCCUUAAUAUCAAUAAAAACAAAACCGCUACCCAAUUUUCAAGCCGAACUGUCAUCUGGGGAAUUUUUAUAUUUUGUAUUUUAUCAUUAGUUCUUUGUCUGACUUGUCACUACAUGGACUUUCAUAACGACGCUAAAAAUUUAAUUGGGUGUAUUUUUUUGUCCAUUGUCGUUCUAAUGAUGAUACUCGAUGUGAUCAUUAUUUAUAGACAACCUGUUAAUCCAACACAGCUAAGUUUUAAGGUUCCAUUUGUUCCUAUCAUACCAUGUUGCAGUCUUCUUAUAAAUAUUUUCCUCAUGGUUCAAUUGGAUACAUUUACUUGGCUGAGGUUGUUGAUAUGGUUGGCAUUAGGGUUUUGCAUUUACUUUUUUUAUGGGAUCCAUCAUAGUCAUCAACGAUCUAGAGAUAAUGCAGCGUCGCUUCAGAUUAUUCCCAAGAGAUCGAUAAAUAUUUUUCAAGUCAUCGACUAACUACUGUUAGAUUUUUUUUUUUUUUUUUUUUUAAAUAUAUUGAAAGUACUAUCAGCAGUGCAAGAAAACAUCGUAAUAAAUAUUAAUUUAUCGAUAAUGAAACAUAAAUAAACUUAUUUUGCGAUAACAACUCAAUAUUAGUGAAGAAAAGUCUGCAAAUAUUCAUAACUAAAAUUUUUCUAUACCAUUAUAUACUUUUAUAUUUUCUCAUUAAUUGCAUUAAUUAAAUUUAUCAGCACAUUAAUUAUAAUUAUGUCACUUAAUGCCUGUAAUUGCAUUAAAUAAUUUUUGGCAUGGCUUUUGAUCACGUGUGUUAUUACGAUGAUGCAUAAAAUAAAUUUCGAUAUAAUGUU